CCUGACUCUGUAAUUGAAGCGAGGAGGCAAACAAGCGUUGCAAUAUUGUUUCUUACUUUGUCACAUUCUAUUGUCAUCUAGUGUCUGGUAAUUUUAACCAAUCAUCACCAAAACUCUAAUCCACUGUCUACUCCAUGCAGGGGGUUGUGUGACCUUGAACGAACCCUGACAAACUGACAAGAACACAACAUUCACUGCCUUCGAAAAACUCCUAAUUGUUCGCGGCUGAGUGGCAACUAAACAUUCGCAGAAUGUUUGCUCGAGGUACACCCAAAGUGACUUUUCUUGUGUGCAAGGAAAUUUUGAACAAGUACAGGCAAACAUCUGCUGAAUGUCUGGAGAAUAUUUGCGACUUUGACAAACCCUGCCGAGAAUGCAACAAUUUGCUUCCUUAUGUUCAGUUCCUCCUCUCACGUGAGAAGAUAGAUGGGGGCAUGGCAACAGUAGAUUUCUGACCAGAAAGGAGCAUUUGGAGAGCAGUUAUUUCCUGAUUUCGCCAAAACAAAUUGAUUAAAAAUGCAAGCUAAUAUGAUUUAUCUGAUUGAAAAAUACAUUGAGAAUUUAUAUGUGAAAAUCGGGACAUCCUCGAUGCACCUCCAAUUAAGUAAAAUGGCAAAACCAGGUGUCAUUUUUAUGUUUUGCAGAGCUGUCGUCAUCUGCAAAAUAUAUAUCUAAAUUAAUUUGUAAUCUAAGUUAGUUUCUUUUAAAAUGAAGUAAUCAGAAAAGUAACUAUCAAUUACCUUACCUUUUAGAGCUAGUAACUUUUCAAGGUCACUGUGGCAACACUUGCUGCAGCACAGUGCUCGAAAAACACAGUUUGAAAUCAGCAAUGCAUCGGAGUGUGUUUCUGUGCCCAUUGUUCCUUUGUCUGAGCUUUGAGAAUUGACUGAAGAAAAGGGCACAGCUGUCUUGGUAUUUCCUAUAAUGACUUUUUAGUUAUAAAGACAAGACAAUUAUAAUGGGAUCUACAUGCAGAAUGGAUCUUUUUGUGUUUGGUGGAAAUUUAAAACCUUUAGCGCUUCCCAUUCCUUGAUACAUAAUAGAACUGAUCUUUCUUUGUAUAUACAUAUAGCUGCCUUGCAGCCACAAUUUGCUCUUUACAUAACGGGAACAGGUACUACUUGACACAGUUUUGAACGUGUACUGCUAUUGUUUCUUUUUAUUCUUCAUAUUUAAGAACUGUAUAGCUAUAACACACUAAAUGUUCACCUUCCCAUAAAAGAGGGAAAGUGAACAUUUUAAAUAUUAAGUGGUUGUUUGCAAGCUACUCUUCCUCAGAUGACAGACCUUCUGUGUAAAUCUGCAUCAGACAGUUUGAAAACGAGGCUGAAUAUUUGUUUAAACAAAAGCCAAAUGCAGUUUAGAGGGUUUUUACUCAGCUCUAAGUCCCCUAGCAACAGGAGGACUGUUCUGUAAUUGGGGAUAUUGCCAUUUAAUUAAACACGGAAUACACAGAAGUAUAUUACUAUUUUGAUUAAAGACACUGGUCCUGAUCCCCCAAUCUUUCGUGGUCUUGAAACAUCAUGGCUUAUACUUUUGAUUUCAUUUGAUUGUCUACAAGUGGAUCACCAUCCAUCUGGAUUGCCUUCCCAGUUGUAGGUUUUGCUUUUGGGAAGGCUAAACAUAAUCGCUCAGAGUAUGAGACUUCAUUUCCCUAUGCUAUUUAACUUAUGGAUGCCCAUCGUUCUGUGGCAACAGGAGAUUUCCAAUUCCGAAGAAGCUCCGCAAAUAGCAUAAACAAAUUUGCUCUAACUUGCUUUCCAUAUUAUUUAAUACACCAGAGAAGUGGAAAUACCUGCAACCAGUCCAAGGAAAAAAUAAAUCUGAAUUUCCAGAGGAGAUAUUAAUGCAAGACUUUGAUAAGGCCUAAAAUAAAAAUUUGGCCCCUAAUGAUUUACAAACACAUAAAAUCCAUCAUUGACAUGGAAGGAAAACACCAUUCUCAAGCUCUAGUCUAAUUUACGCUGGAUAUAUAAACUUGUGCAACCCUUUUCUCAGUUGGAUUUUGCAAUUUAUGUGAUUGUGGAAAACAUUUUAAAAUAAUUCAUUUUGGUGUCAUUGCUUUCACAAAAUCCUGGCAUUUGAGCAGGGGGGUGUAAACUUUUUCUACUCACUACACAUCAUGCUGACGUUUUUCUAUGAGAAAGAUAGUGGACGCAUCAGUGUUAUUCAUUUAAAAUCCUUUUCUUCUUUUUUUCUUAAAGCCACAUUGUCUGAGCUGAGCGGUGGUCUUUUUAGACUUCUGGCUUUAGCAGUUGUAUUUGGAAGCCUUGAUCUCUGCAGCCCUUUCCUUGUCACAGCCUCCGAUCAACCUAAAGCCCUUAUGUGUUCUUUACGCUGUACUAAGCCUGGUAUUCUUUGCUAGCAAUUCAUAAAAGAUCACUGCAACAUACUAUAUCCUAACGUUUUACAGUAUAUAGACAAACCCUAAAGGAAGGUCGCUUUCCGGCAGUAUCCUACAAAAAGAAGGCACAGUGCUGAGACACCCGCAGAAGUCAAACUGCAAAUUGUUAUAUUCCACUCCAGUUUAACCUCAUACAAUGUUCAUGCAUAGCAACAGUGGUAAAAGCAUUGCUUUAUUCAUGAAUUUAUUCAUCUUUCAAACGGCUUAGGGUCGCAGGUCUGCUGCUUUUCUGCUUUCACGCUUACAGACCUCUCAGGGAAAAUACUCAAAACUAACCCUAAGCCGGCAAGCGUAACUUGACAUGAAUUGCAUUUGGCUAACAUGACUAACAACAACACACAACAGCAAAGACCAAAAGAAAGCAGGGAACUUACCUUGCAUUUGAGGUAAUUGGGAAGUCAGAACAUUGGGACUGUCCGAGAUCUGCCCUCAGAGUUUGAGCUGAAGGAAAAAGACAAAGAUGGCUGACAAGUCACAUCAUAUUCACAAGCCAUUCAGUGUACUCAGGGUCCUCAUUUUUACAACUCACAGUCAACUUUUAAAGGGGUUUAAAAGUGUGUUUAAAGGGGUGUUCUAGUAUACUUUUCCUCACCCACCUUCCUCAAAUGCAGCAUACAAUAAAUACAAAGUGACAAUAUAACAAGGCACAUCUGAAAAAGAAACGAGUGGAUGGAGGACGUUGACUGCUAUUUUCAAAGGGAACAGGGCUGACGAGAACAGAUGCACACAAAAACCUAGCAAGCGGACAUAUUGAAAAAAAAAAGAGACAAAGCUGCUCAAAACUGCACCUGAAACACCCGCUUGUGCACAUGCACAACUAAUUUAAUGUUUAAAUUGUCCCCAUUAAAUAAAACAAACACAUGCACGCACGCAGACGCACACACACGCACACACACGCACGCAAACACACGGAAAGUGUCACUGCAACAUGACCUUGAAAAUGGCACAAGAAUCUGCUCAUCAUAUUCACAACACUACUCCAUGUCACAAUGGUCUCCCCGAAAGUUCUCCUCCCUGUGAAUCAAAAUGUCCUCAAUAGCAAGACAAUGAGCAGGCACAGAGAGAGACAAAGGUCUCAGGGGGUCAUUGCUUGCUUGUUUGUUUCAUCUGACAGUCUUGUGAGUGUCAGUUUCAGUUCAGUUUAAAUUUCAAAGGUUAGAUGUUAGUUCUUGUCACACGCUUAUCUUAAAACACUGUGUACAGCUGUUGCUCAUAUCCUUUUGUAGAUGGAGGUAGAAUGUCCAAAAUGGAGGCAAGCAGGCAUGCAGGCCGAGGGAGAGAGGCAAUGGCAGGCAGGCAAACAGGUAACACACAGGUGCAAAUCCAAAUUAUUUGUCAUCCAACUAAGGUUUGAACAUAAAGGGUUUCAAGAAGUAAACUAAAGUUUGUUUUCUAAAUUUCAAGUUCUAAAAAAAUUACAAGCUUAGAGCAGACUUGAAGUGGCUUGAAGCUGCCUUUUAGUGGUAAAAAACUGUCACUACUAUCUUCUUUCUUUGUCAAACUGAGACUGACUACCAAGUGGGAGCAGCCUAUUUCCCUGAUCAGGUGACUGACCAGGUGACUGACCAGUGACCAGGUGAUCACAGACUUUGUCAAAUAAAAGUCCAAGGCCAGCGAAUCCUAAACAAAAAUAAGAAUUUAAGCUAAGGAAACUAAAUUGGCUCCAACAAGUCUCAUCUCUGUCUGCCACAAUCGGGCUUAGUUACUGGGUACAAGAGUGCAUAUACAUGGCGAACAUCAUGUCAAUUGUAUUCAUAUCACCAGUAGAACAUUUUGUUGCAAUAUAUCAUUUUUGUGGUACCUUGCUAAACUAUCUAUCAUAUAACUUGCACUUUGUCUCAGCAGAAGGUGGACAAGUAAUACAACACAGUGUCAAAUUAUGCUUUGCCUAUUUGUCACAAAACACACACUGCAUACAAUAUCAGUUCAAACUACAUCAUAUGCAGCCAAUGUAUUAAUCCAGCCAGUCGUUGCCUUUUAUGAAGACAGGAAAAUGAGAAAGGACCGUGAUAAAGAAAUUGCAAUUCAUCCUAAAAUUUAACAAAAAGUGUUGUUUUGUUGAUUUCCCUGCAAACAAAUAAGUUUAAAAUGCCAUGCUCACAUAAUAUUUUUCCCGGUCGUAAACUGUAAUAUGAGUCUGGCUUUUCAAAUGAUGGUAUAUUGCUUUGUCUGAAAAGUUGUUUAUCUGAAAACCUUGCUUUUCACUUGCCUGCACAAAAUCAGCACAAAGCAGAUGGUCAUCUAUUGUACAGAUUAUUUGGAUAUAUUCAAGUCAAAGGUUCAAUAAAUUCAGUUUAUCAAAUACACACAUGCAUACAAGACAUGCAAAUACACCCACAUGCACUGUUUCUGGAUCCUUGAUCUUGUCAGUUGCUAUGGUCCCUUUUUUCACAUGGUUGGGCGUUGCUUGAUGUCUUAUCGUAUUUACGUAAGUUCAGGUUGCUCAGUGACACGUCGCGUCGGAUCUUGUUUUUUUCUCAUGCUUCUUUGUUGGACGCUGUAGCACCAUUGUGUUCAGCUGUGCUUGCUAUUGAUACUUUAUUUAUGCUGCCAAUUUGAGUUAUGGUAAAGUUAAAUAUCCAGCCAUUAUCUACUUCUUAUCCUUUUAAUGGUCACCAGUGAACUGGAGCCCAUUCCAGUUGACUUUGGGGGAGAGGGGUGAUACACUCAUAUUUGGGGAAUGUUAGAGCUUUGGGUAACCAACAAGCAUGUUUUUAGAAUGUGGGACGAAGGCGACCCAAGCGAAUAUGGGGAGAAGAAAUUCCUACUGUGACUCCAUGCAGAAAAGAUGGAGCUGAGAUUUAAACCUUGAAGGUCAAAUAUGCAGAAAACAUAUUUUUUGCUGCAUAUUUUAUGUCAUACAUACAUGGUACAUCUUCAAACAGACAUGACAUUUAAAUGACAUUUUAAAAUGACAAGCCAAUGUAUUCAGCCAGAUGCCAUUUGGAUGCCGUUUCCCUUUUAGUGUUGCACCCGAUUGCAACCAUAUUUUUCAGUGGAAAUUAAACAUUGCUUUCUAAAAAUUGUGUAAGGGCUGCAACUAACAAUGAUAUUGAUAAUCAAUUGACCUGAUCAUUAUUUUGUCAAUUAAAUAAUGAAUCAGCUUGCUAAAGAGUAUCUCAAUUUCAUUUCAAUAAAAAAGAAUCAAGCAUUAUUCCAAAUUACUGCACAACAUGCCCAAAUAAAAAGUAAUUACGAUUCAGGGACUGGUUACGUCCAUAACACAUCAUAAAUAAAAGGCAAAAAUGUUGCUGAUUGUUUUCGAAAGUAAAAGCAAACAUUUUAUUUUUUAUUCCUCACAAAGAUAAUCAUCCCACUGCGUAGACGACGACAGAAAUUGGAUAAUAUUUACAGCUGAGAAAUUGAAAUGACAUUUGGACAAUUUUAAAAUUUCAAAUUAAAAGAUCUCUCAGUAAUUAAUUGAUUAUCAAAUAGCAAAAUGGAUGGUUUAAUCUGAUGACCAAUUAGUUGUCGACUCAUAGAUAAAUCAAUUUAUUGAGGAAUCGUCUAAAUUGCUGAGUGCAAUGCAAUAUACAUAUGCAGUACGCUCCUUUUUGGGUUGAAAGCACUGACUAAAUUCCACAUGUGAUUGUGAUACUACAAGAAAGAUGAAGGCAAAACAAAUUACCUUUUAAAUCCAGAGGUCAAGUUUCUCUCUCUCUCUCGCUCUCUUUCUCUCCAAUUUAUAUUUUAACACAUGCACAUUUGGUCAUUAAUGUGAAAACUGUAUAUGCAUAUUUUUUUGCCUUUAUUUCUCUGUUUGGUGGGGUAGGAAAGUUGUUUGUCUGCAGCUCAAACUGUGCAUGUGUAAACCGCUGUGGCUCUGACCUUGUUUUUUUUCCUCCCAAAAAUCAGCUGCUUGCAUCAGGUGGCAAGAGUUGACAGUUGGGAUCCUGACAAGGAAAGGUAUAAACACAAGCCACAUAAGUAAAGACAGCAUCAAUUCCCGGCAAUGGAGCUUUGACUCAAGGUAACAGAUGCCUCAAGCUGUGAAAGACAAACACAUACAGCAGUGUGUUUAGGCCUAUAGCUCCAGGGCUUCCCUUGUGCCCCCGUGCAGAGAGGAGCCCCAGGGGACUGACGCCAGCUGAGAUUAAAAACAAGGUAAGAGCCCAGCUGAAUUUUAUGCACACAGCCUCAGCUGUUUGUCUCAAAAGAGAGAAGUAAAUAAAGGCCUCUAAAAUGAAGGAGGUUUCCAGGGAGCACAUCGAAAGAUGGUUAGACAGGAGAUGCUUUAAGAAGAGUGCCAUCGGUAUAAUUAUGGUAAGACAAAAAAAAUAUCAAAUAAUUCAUAGAUUAUUCAACAUUCUUAUGAUCAGCUUGCUUUACAGUAAUGUCUAAUGUGGUAAUGUUAAUUCAGAUAGAAUAAGGUCAACAUUGUAGUAUUUGCAGUUUACCGAAACAUCGUAUAUUCAAAUGUCUGCUAAAUUAAGUGCUGCUACACUGAACAAUGUUGUAUAUGGAAUAAUACAUUAUUAUCUCUAUUUAGUGCGAUGGCAUCUUGUUUUCUUUUCCUCUUUACCUCCCCUGUCAGUAUCAAUGCAUUGUGAAAUAAGUUUAACUGUCUUCAAUUUUCCCCCUGCCUUCACAAAGCCACUUUAUGGCUCCCGGAGCUCCGAUCCUCUCUCCAUCUUGGAAAAUGACAAAUAUAAAUGAUUGACAGUCUUCCAGGGAUAAGGGUAGGGGGUGGUGGUGUGGGUGGUGUUAACAAGUUCUCUGUGUCAAAGAAUACAGUCUGAUAGGCUCCCAAGGCAGGAAGAGAUGAGAUGAGAAAAAUGAAGAUUUUGGUGCUAUAUUGAUCACACAGCGCUUGUUUCAUGAGGUCAAUAUAUUGGUGUAAAACAGUCCUGCAGGUCAGUAGUCACGUCUUGUUCAAUGGAUUUUAGGUUACAUAUGUAAAGAUAUGUUUUAUAGGAAUGACAAUUGUUAAGGCGCCAAGCCAAAAGACCCUGGGUUGGGAAAAAGAAAUAGUUAAAACCCCAAAAUGUGUCUUUACAUCUUUGGUAUGAAUUUGUUCAUUUCCCCAAAGAUUUGUCACCCAUUGCAUUUGAAUGCAUUCUCAUCAUACUCUGUUAUUCCAUCAACUUCUCCUCUCCUAGGCUCAAGUCAAAUCAUGGCAGAGGAAAGCCUGGAGACAGAUGGCCCCAGAUCAUCUAUGCCGGCUGAGCUCCACCAUCCCUAUCCUAAGCACACCCAGUGGAAGUUUAAACUGUUUAGAGUGAAGUCCAUGGAGAAGGCCCCUAUGUCAAGUGAGACAAAACUUGAGAAGGAAGCCAUGUCUGGGAUCGCUAAAUCCUACGUCUGUACAGCUCCAAAUGUACAGUUAGAUAAUGGUAGUACAGGUAGCAUUAUGAAAUUUUGCCCAGAUGCAAAAAGCAAGAAAACUACUGAACCACCUGACCAGAGCAUGGACAUGAAGCUAGCAGAAAUUGACACUCACAUGAACCACCUCAGAGGUCUGUGCCGUCUUUGUGGAAUCUCAUUAAGAAAAAUCAGUGGCCCGAUCCAUGAUGUUCACGCAGUUCUGGAUAACGACAGCAAGAAUUGCUUACGCAAAAUGUGCUGUACAUCAACAAAAUGGCCAGAGGUCAUCCGCAAGGUUUUUAAAGUGGACGUGACUGAGGAUACAGAAUCCGUCCACCCGCUUUCCUUCUGCCAUCGCUGCUGGAUGACUGCCAUACGAGGAGGGGGUGUAUGCAAUCUUUCCAAGACAAAAGUCCCUGAGUGGAAACCUCAUUGCACCCUCUGUCAGCUUUGCUCACCCAAGAAACAAUUAUUCCACAAGACUGGCAGAAAGAGGAUGAAAACCACUCCCAGAGCCCAAAGCUUAGCAAAAAGACCCAAGUUGGACUACAACCACAUCACUGUCAGUGGUGAGACUCGUGUUCUGAGACCAUUUGGCGGCCAUCUUCAUGGAUCUGUCCUUAAGACAUGGAGAAGUCCCAGUGUCCAAAGGGAGCAUUGGGUGAGGACCAUCACACACUGUCAGAAAGAGCACCUGAGUAGCAACCUUAUAUCUGAGAAUUUCCCAGUUGAUUUCCUCUGUUCUUUCACUUGCAUGGUGUGUGACCAUCUGCUCUCUGACCCAGUUCAAGCCCCCUGUGGGCACCUCUUUUGCCACAACUGUAUUAUGAAAUACAAAAACUUUAUAGGGCCUCACUGUCCUUCCUGCAACUUACCCUGCUCCAGCGAUGACCUCAUUCCUCCCGCAAAAACCUUUUUGUUAGUCCUGCAUUCUCUGCUUUUGCUCUGUCCGAAAGACGGCUGUGGUCAGCAUGUAAAACUAGACUCAUUUAAAGCUCACUGUAUGAGCCAUGAUGCGGAAAAGCAGGAUGCUAGACAGCAAUCAUCACAGCUUGACAACUACCUGAUAACCAAUAAAGGGGGAAGACCUCGCCAGCACUUGCUAUCCCUCACGCGUCGUGCCCAGAAGCAUCGACUGAGGGAUCUGAAGAACCAGGUGAAGAUGUUUGCAGACAAAGAGGAAGGUGGUGACCUAAAGUCUGUGUGUCUGACACUAUAUCUGCUGGCACUGAGAUCUGGGAAUGAACACCGAAUGGCAGAUGAGCUGGAGGUCACGAUGCAAGGCAGAGGCUUUGCGUUGCACCCUGCUGUGUGUUUGGCCAUCCGGGUCAAUACUUUCCUGAGCUGUAGCCAGUAUCACAAAGUGUACCGGACUGUCAAAGCCACCAGCGGCCGCCAGAUCUUUCAGCCCUUACACACUUUGCGUGCUGCAGAGAAAGAGCUUCUCCCUGGGUUUCACCAGUUUGAAUGGCAGCCAGCUUUGAAGAACGUCUCUUCAUCUUGCAACGUUGGUAUCAUAAAUGGGCUCUGUGGAUGGACUUCCUCUUUGGAUGACUCACCAUCCAAUACCAUCACACGCCGAUUCCGCUAUGAUGUGGCUCUGGUGUCCGCAAUAAAGGAUCUGGAGGAGGACAUUGUCGAGGGGCUGAGAAAGAACGGGGUAGAAGACAGUGCCUGUACCCAAAGCUUCAAUGUUACGAUCAAAGAAUCUUGUGACGGCAUGGGAGAUGUCAGUGAAAAGCACGGCGGAGGACCAGUUGUUCCUGAGAAAGCUGUUCGCUUCUCUUUCACCAUUAUGUCUAUUUCUGUAUUGCUUGGUGAAGAUAAUAAGCAGGAGGUUACAAUCUUCACUGAGCCAAAGCCAAACUCAGAAUUGUCUUGCAAGCCCCUCUGUCUGAUGUUUGUUGAUGAAGCGGACCAUGAAACACUCACAGCUGUCUUGUCGCCCAUGGUUGCGGAACGUAGCACAAUGAAGGAGAGCAGGCUCAUCCUGUCGAUAGCUGGACUGCCUCGAUCCUUCCGCUUCCAGUUUAGAGGGUCAGGAUACGAUGAAAAGAUGGUCCGUGAAUUGGAGGGCUUGGAAGCCUCUGGAUCCACGUAUGUCUGCACACUGUGUGACUCGAGUCGAGUGGAGGCCUCUAGAAAUAUAGUACUCCAUUCUGUCACACGCAGUCAUGAUGAGAACUUGUCUCGCUAUGAAAUCUGGCGAACUAAUCCAUUUUCUGAGUCUGUAGAGGAACUGCGGGACAGAGUCAAGGGGGUCUCUGCCAAGCCCUUCAUGGAGACCCAGUCCACACUUGAUGCGUUGCACUGUGACAUUGGUAAUGCCACUGAGUUCUACAAAAUUUUCCAGGAUGAAAUAGGCGAGGUGUACCGAAACAAAAAUCCCAGCCGGGAGGAACGGCGCAGCUGGCGGGCAGCCCUGGAUAAAGCACUGAGGCAGAAGCUGAAACUCAAACCUGUGAUGAGGAUGAACGGCAACUACGCCCGGAAGCUAAUGACCUUCGAGGCUGUGCAAGUGGUGUGUGAGCUGGUGCCCUCAGAGGAGAGGAGGGAAGCCCUGAGGGAGCUGAUGCGGCUGUACCUCCAGAUGAAGCCUGUGUGGCGCUCUACAUGCCCAACCAAAGAGUGUCCUGACCAGCUCUGCCGCUACACCUUCAACUCCCAGAGUUUCGCUGACCUCAUUUCCACUACUUUCAAAUACAGGUACAAUGGCAAAAUAACCAAUUAUCUGCACAAAACCCUGGCCCAUGUCCCCGAAAUAAUUGAGCGUGAUGGAUCCAUCGGUGCAUGGGCUAGUGAGGGGAAUGAGUCAGCAAACAAACUGUUCAGGCGUUUCCGUAAGAUGAAUGCACGUCAGUCAAAAACCUUUGAGCUUGAGGAUGUCUUGAAACAUCACUGGCUCUACACAUCAAAGUACUUACAGAAGUUUAUGCAGGCUCAUAAGUACUCUGCCAAAGCCACCAUUGACCUAACAAAAAUCCAGGACAGUGAAAGUGUGGCCCACGAGGUCUUUGAUUUUUGAUGUUUUGUGUGAAAUUAAGCAUAAAUAUUUCAAUGUCGCUUAUUUGAUGUAAUUUGGUUUUAAGUUUUUCUUUUAAACUCCUAUUCUUUUAAAACUUUUUCUCUGAGAGCUUUGUCAAGUUUCAGUUUGUUUAUUCAUUCAUUUAUUAAUGUUGGACUUGACAGAACGACAAUGUUUAAGCUGUUGGACUUUAUUAAUUGUAUGUCUUGGCUUUUUGGAUGGUCAUGUUGAAAUGGUAAUGAAUUUAUAUAGACAGUCACUGGCGGAGCUAGAGGGGAGGCCACGGGAAUACUGCCACCCCUUAAAUAUGUGCCAGGCCCAAUAAUUGACUUUUUGGUAUUCUCUUAAGAAUUACUUUCAGAACACCCCCUAGUUUUCUGUAAAAAAAAAAAAAAAAGGAAUUUAUUUUUCAGACACACGAAGAUAACCUUGCCCCCUCCCACCCGAAGAAAAAAAUCUUAGCUCCGCCAGUGGAGUCAGUGACACACAGACUCUCAUUUGGCAACAAAAAAGUAUUUUUUCUUUUCCUAUGAGUGAAAUAUGGCUUAUUUUAUUGCAGGCCUGUGACAUCUAUAUGAAUUUAUGAAGUGGAUAUUUAUGAAAGCAGACGAAAAUGGUAUAACUCAUAGUGGAGAAAUGUGUUAAAAUGACCAUAUUUGAGAAUUUGUGGUCAUUUUGAAUAGAGAAAAAUGUAAUCACAGCAAGUUUAAUGCUAUUUGUUUCAUGGCUGCCCUCUGCAAAAGAUUAAUUUAUUGCUUUAUCCUGGCACCCUCGAGGGCGGAAUAUCUUCCAGGUCACUUUGAACCAAAUUUUAUCUUUUUUAUUUUGUACACAUUAGAUAAUACAUCAUGCUUUAUUCGACAUCUUCACAUAAAAUAAAGCAUAUACUGGCCUUUUUCAUAAAUCAUUAAAAUGCAUUUUAAAGCCAAACAUCUUGCAGAGUCUCGAGCAGGGAUUUUUCUUUAGUUCGGUAUAAAACUGCACUUUUCCUCUUUUGACAUAUCUUCAUCACACUGGCUUAAGAUGGAGGAGGGACAGAAGGAUGUUAUAUAAAGUUUGUUGGCAACUUUAUUUCUUUGAUUGAUUGCAUUGUCUUUUCCUGCCCUUGACAUUUGUGGGUGCGACAAGCAAUUUUGUUUUCUUAUUUUAUUGGAUGUUUGAUUCCUUUUUACUGUCAUAAGUGCAACAAUACACCAGCAGGGCUGUCACUGGCCUCAACAGACAUUAUCUUUUAGAAUGCAUUUUAUGACGGCUUGUCUCAUAGAUGUGUUUUUGCAAAAUAAAUUGCAUCUCCAAGUAAAUUGGUGAUGGAUGAUUCACAAACAUUUCCGUCUUAGCUUUUCUCAUUUCCUGUUUGUCCUCUCCACUGAAUUACAUGUCAGUUUGCACAUCAAAUUUUUACAGUAAGUUGAUCGGUGGAACUUUUUUUCAUAUGUUUUUAUAAAUAAAGACAAUACAAUUAAACUC